UUGAUGACCAUGGUGGCCAGGACCUGCUGUCUACUAGUGCUGCUGCUUUAUCACACACUGCUAGGGGGCUCUGCCAGCCUCAUCCCCGAGGUGGGUGACCGGCGAAGGUUCAGUGCUGAUUUGGGCCAGCCGGCUCCGCUGCAGCUUUCGGAAGAAAUCCUGCGUGAAUUUGAACUGCGUCUGCUCAAUAUGUUUGGGCUUAAGCGGCGGCCCACCCCGACCCAGAAUGCUAUUAUCCCUUCCUAUAUGUUGGAGCUCUACCAUCUGCACACGAGUCAGAAGCCAACUUCCAUGGACUAUAGUCUAGAGAAAGUGAGCAGCAGAGCCAAUACUGUCAGGAGCUUUUAUCACGAAGAAACCCUGGAAGAGCUUCCAGAAAGAAGCGGGAAGACAUCUCGGCGUUUCUUCUUUAACUUAACAUCUAUCCCUGACGGGGAGAUGAUCACUUCAGCUGAACUUCAGAUUUUUCGGGAGCACAUCCUAGAUGCCGCUGAACACGACGGCAGUUCUCAUCACCGAAUUAAUAUUUAUGAAAUCCUCAAACCAGAACGAGAGACUACCAAGGAGCCUGUCAUAAGCCUCCUGGACACCCGCUUGGUUCAUCACAACGCCAGCAAAUGGGAAACAUUUGAUGUCACGCCAGCUGUAAUGAGAUGGAUUGCGCUUGGGCAACCUAACCUUGGUUUUGUGGCAGAAGUGGUACAUUUGAACAAUGCCAGCAACCUCUCCAAGAGACAUGUCAGGAUCAGCAGGUCAUUGCAUCAAGAUGAUGCUAGCUGGUCUCGGAUUAGACCCUUACUGGUCACUUUUGGGCAUGACGGCAUGGGCCACCCGCUCCAUAAGAGAGAGAAGCGUCAGGCCAAACAUAAACAACACCGCAGGCGCCAUAAAUCCAACUGUAGAAGGCAUCCUUUAUAUGUGGAUUUCAAUGAUGUAGGGUGGAAUGACUGGAUCGUGGCCCCUCCAGGUUACAGUGCCUUCUAUUGCCAUGGAGAGUGUCCCUUCCCACUGGCAGAUCAUCUGAAUUCCACCAACCAUGCCAUUGUUCAGACGCUGGUCAAUUCUGUGAACUCCAAAAUUCCCAAAGCUUGCUGCGUGCCGACAGAACUAAGUCCCAUUUCGAUGCUGUAUCUUGACGAGAAUGAAAAGGUGGUACUAAAGAACUAUCAGGACAUGGUUGUGGAAGGAUGUGGGUGCCGCUGAGGCAGCAGCAGCUGCAGCAAAAUUAAAGAGACAAAUGGAACAGAAAAAAAAAAAAUACACACACACACAACUUGACACUUUAAUAUUUCCCAAUGAAGACCUUAUUUAUGUUAUGAUAUGGAGAAUUAAACACAUCUAUUUUGAAAAUCUAUUUAUGUCUACAGAAAAAAAAGCGAGGAAAGAUAUUUUAAUCAGAGAGUUAUUCCUUUUAAAGAUUUUAAAACAUAUUUUAGUUGUACAUUUUAUAUGGGUUUAACCCUUCCCCCACCCUUCCCACAGCACAUGAAGUAUAAAGGUCAGAUUCUUAUUUUGUAUUUAUUUACUAUUAUAACCACUUUUUAGAAGAAUAGCUAAUUUGUAUUUAUAUGUGUAAUCCAAAACCAGCAGCAGCAGAAAAAAAAAAACACAAUAUAUAGGGUUUUUUUUGUACAUAAUUUAAAGUGAAUGGUAGCUGUUUUCAGUUGUUGUGUAUUUAAGUUGAAAUGCAGAAGGGCUGUUAUGGCAAAGUUGCAUAUAUCCCAUUUUGCUUUUUUGCAGUUCUACUGUUAAGGUCACAAGUGUAAACCCAAUGAAAAAGGGCUAAUCCAUCCUGCUGACUCAAGAUUAUAUUGUACAAUUCUCAGGAAUGCUGCAGGGUGGGCUGUCCAUGCCGUGAGAAACUACCAUGCUCUCAUAGAACCAGGCUUUGCCCAGCAAAGGACAACUGUCCCUGCACGAAGCCCCAGCAGGGCUGCUAGGAAACAUCUCUGUCCCUUCGCUUCUUCUCAGCACCUACCGAAAAGCAAGAUGUUGAUGCUGUUCCUCCUCUUUUGGAAUCCAUUGUCCUGGCCAAAUACUUAAUAAAAGAC